ACAGUUAACCCGUUGCUGCCCGGUGCGUUGAUGCAAAGAGCGGCGGCCACAGCAGGACACAUAGGAGCGCAUUACCGAUUAGAUAUUUAUAGACUAUCGUUCGGACGGAUAUAACCCCCCCCCCGGCCAAUUAGAAGCGAGACUGGCUCCGUGCUGCAGACUGUGCGAAUUCUAGGCAGCCAUGCGUAUGUAUAAUCUGCUGAUUCCGCCAGUUUUGAGGCGGCGACUCCAAUCAGCAUCCUUUAGAUAUAGGCAAUUAGACUUCCAGAUGCUGCAGCUCCCAGCAUGCCCUCUUGUAACCCUGAGGGAGUUUGCAGUCCGGCGUUUCCCAUCACUUUCCUUCCCUCCGCUACUCACGCAAUUCCUAUUCCUGUCAGUGUCCCUUUAACCGUCGCCCCGCCCCUUCCCCCGGCUCCUUUCCGUGACGUCAGUGAAGGCUAUAUAACCCUGCCCCGCCGCACUCGGGUUACACAAACAGUUGCUGACGCGCUGAGGGCAGUGAUGGAGAGCCGAGCCCAGAUGAUCGCUCACCAAGAGGCCGUACACCGGGAGGCCCAGCGCAUCGCCUCCCUGUCCGCCAUGAAGCUGCUGCGCACCCGGACCCAGCGAGGGGGGAUGCGGCUGCACCGCUCCUUACAGCUGGCUAUGGUCCUACGCAGCGCCAGAGAUCUCGUCAUAUCUACCGCCUUCCCCCCGGAGGCGCCUCAGCCCCACACCGCUCCCACACUCCGGGAGAGCCGCAAGCGGAGGUCCGAGGGGCCCCGAAUGGCAGAGCUGGUUCCGAGCAAGCGAGCCUGCCUGUGGCAAGUGAUCCCUGAGCCGCAGCCUCAAGGGGGCGCCUUUCCCGGCAUGGCCGAGGUGUUACAGAGACUGAUCGGCUCCAUCCCACAAGCUCAGCCCCUGGGGUGCCGGGCAGCCAUGGCGGUACCGGGGUUCCACUCCAGGCCGGUGGAGGCGUUCUGAACAUUACCGGGGGGAGGUUAGGAUGACUGGAGGACCCUCUCCUUCCCGAGCUAAAGUAUCGGGGUGUCUCUGGGGCCCCUGAGGUACAGCGGCAGGAGGAGGAAGGAACUACAAGCCGCGGGGCGGAAGGAGACUGCCCGCCGUAUAACUGCAGCCUGCCGGGGCCGGACACUGCCAGCAAAACCGUGCGCCAACCCUACUGUCCUGUGGGACUCGUAUGAGCUGGGUUCCAGCGCCCCCUGGAGUUGCAGUACCGGCCUCCGGCCAAACACUCGGGCUGAGCGAAACCAAGCGGAGCCGUAACGGUGACUCACUGGGAGAGUAUCGGUGCGUCACACCGCCAGUCUGGGGAGCCCGCCCUUCCCUACUGGGGCAUUUCCCUCGUACCGGCACCGAGCCGCCCUCAUUCCUCUCAGGCACUGGGGCAAAUGUGCCCGUUUUACCCCUUGCUGGGGCCUUGGAUACUGUGAGCUGUGUGAUUGGCUCCCUACGGAGACAGACUCAUUCCUAUGUGGUGAUUGGCUCCCUACGGAAACGGACUCAUUCCUAUGUGGGGGGGGUCAGACUGGUGAAAUUCAAUAAGACAAGCCCCUUGGGGGGCACCUUGGCAUUCCCUUUGUGUAUAUGUACAGUGUGUGGUAAUAAAGCUUUUUAUUUUUCUACUA